CAAUAUCCAUUCACAUGCUUAUUUCAUCGCCAAGCUCCCUCCCUAUUUAACCCCCUCCAUCCUUCCUCCACACACACAUCAACUCUAACAAUUUCCAUUUUUAUUCUUCUCUCCAUUUCUCUUUGUCCCUUUCCAAUCUUUUCCACACAAAUCAGACCAUAGUUUCACUACCACUUGUCCAAACCAAAAACUUGUCUGAAAAUACAAACAUACACUUGUUAAAUGUAUAACAGUUCUUGUCUUAAUAUGCCAACCAUGUUUCGAUCUUCUGGUCAGGAGGACUUCCUUUCUCGCAGAUGUAUAUGGGUGAAUGGACCUGUCAUAGUUGGGGCUGGUCCUUCUGGUCUAGCUGUUGGUGCUGGCCUUAAAUCUCAAGGUGUCCCUUUUAUAAUCCUCGAAAGAGCAAAUUGCAUUGCCUCUCUUUGGCAAAACCGAACUUAUGAUCGCCUCAAGCUUCACCUCCCUAAACAAUUCUGUCAACUACCCAAUUUGCCGUUCCCGGAGGACUUCCCUGAAUAUCCCACCAAAGAUCAGUUCAUUACUUAUCUUGAAUCCUAUGCAAAACACUUUGAUAUGACACCGCAUUUCAAUGAGACUGUGCAGUCUGCUAAGUAUGAUGAAACUUUUGGCUUGUGGAGAGUCAAAACCAUUUCAUCCGGCGGUUUUCUUCCCACUGAAGUCGAAUAUAUAUGCCGAUGGCUUGUGGUUGCCACCGGCGAAAAUGCUGAGAAGGUGGUGCCAGAGUUUGAAGGUUUGCAAGAAUUUGGUGGCAAUGUUACGCAUGCUUGUGACUAUAAAUCUGGUGUAAAUUAUCGUGGAAAGCGUGUACUAGUUGUUGGCUGUGGCAAUUCAGGCAUGGAAGUCUCCCUUGAUCUCUGCAACCACAAAGCAAACCCAUCAAUGGUGGUUCGAAGUUCGGUUCAUGUCUUGCCGAGGGAAAUUUUUGGAAAAUCAACAUUUGAAUUGGCAAUAGAAAUGAUGAAAUGGCUACCACUUUGGCUGGUUGACAAGAUACUGCUAAUUCUUGCCUGGCUAAUCCUGGGAAAUCUAGAAAAAUAUGGGCUGAAAAGACCAUGUAUAGGACCUUUACAGCUCAAGAACUCUCAAGGAAAGACCCCAGUAUUGGAUAUUGGUGCAUUAGACAAAAUAAGAUCCGGUAAGAUCAAGGUCGUCCCCGGAAUCAAGAAGUUCUCUAAUGGCAGAGUGGAGCUUGUUAAUGGCGAAAAGCUUGAGAUCGAUUCCGUAAUUCUGGCAACUGGAUAUCGCAGCAAUGUUCCUUCAUGGCUGAGGGAGAAUGAAUUCUUUUCAGAAGAUGGGAUACCCAAAAAUCCAUUCCCAAAUGGUUGGAAAGGAAAGGCUGGGCUUUAUGCAGUUGGGUUCACAAGGAGAGGUCUAUCAGGUGCAUCUCUAGAUGCCAUUAGUGUAGCAUUUGAUAUCGCCAACAGCUGGAAAGAAGAAACCAAGCAGAAAAAGAAAACUAUUGCUGCUCGCCAUAGAAGAUGCAUUUCACAUUUCUGAAGCCAAUAGAUUUUUUUUUAGCACCAAUAAGACUUCUUUUAUUAAGUCUGAUUCAUUGGUUUUAUCAUUCAAUGACUGAUCAAUCAGUCUUUCUAGAAAUAAUGUAGAGAAAGAAGAAAUUUAGCAAAUCAUACAGCAUAAUAGCCCUCUCCUAAAGAAAACCCCAGUUGGGCCUUUUUUGUACAAAGGAAGAUGAGGCUUAAUACAUUGUGUAUGAAUGUAUUUAUGUUUUAAGAGUGAUUAUAUGUAUAUUUUUUUCAAUAAAAGUUGUUAAUUUAUUUUUCCCCUUUUAAAAAAAAAUUUCCUAGAUUCAAAGGAAUAUUGGAUGAC